AUUGUCCCUCGCCUAUCCACGAUCACCAGGAAUAAUAUGUACAGAGAUGCUUCCACAUCAUACAAUAUAUCGUUAAUGGAGUUAUUCAAUCCAACAAAUACACUACAAGAAUUCAAAUACUUCAACCAGACGAUGAUGUGAUUUGAAGCACCAAUUCUUGUCUAGGACCAUAUGGUCGAUUUCACAACAAAGCGUAAUGAUUAUGUAUUUUAUAAGAUAGGGAUAAUGAACUCCUGGAAAUCUUGCUGACAAUUAUUGUUUGUACACGACACUAAGUAGUCUGUCAACUAUGCUAGUAGAUUUUAUAGUCACUGCGUAUUGUGCUUAAGGAUGGUCGAGAAUGUUUAUGUCUAGAAGUAUUCGAUGUAAUUCAUUAUAGCAGAAGAAUGGAAUAUUCCUCGAAUAAGUCGCGCUCUAUCUGAUAAUACGCCUGAACUGGAAGAUGCUAAGCGGUCAGACUGUUAUAGACAAUAUGAUACGCGAGAGAAUUAGCGACCCGCAGAGCGGCACUGCCGCUGAGUGGUCACAUUCACCGCCUCUUCAAAUGGACGCUGUGAUGUGUCACACUUAUCUGUGGAUCUGCCACCCAAAAAGUAACAAAUGUUUACGCCAAGCGCGCUCUAUAUUGCUUGGUUGAAAGAUGACGCACAGACCACGAAAU